AUGAUGAUUGAGAAGCCAGUUCGACAACACCACCGAGCAGGUCGUAAAAGAAGCAAGCAAGAAAGAAAGAAAGGAAACAGAGCGGGUCAACGGACUGGCUCUUGCGGGAGCCGAAACAGCUGGCCCAAGUACUGCCCAGAACAACGGUGGCUCGUCACCUUGAAAUGCCCUCAACCGAGCUAUGUACUCACUUGGGAAAAAAAAGAGACAGAGUGGAUCGCCCAGUUCGUCCCGCAAGCACUCCCACCUCUGACUGGAGACUGGUCCGGAUUCAUAUCGCUUCCAAAGUGCAAGCAAGCAAGUGUCCGACACAACCAAAUGGCGGGCAAGUUAACGACGCGCAAAUUAGUCCAACGAGAUUGCUUAUUGUAUUUCGGGCGCAGGAGUUUAAUGUUGUUGGAUUGA